AUGGAAAUAAAAGUGAUUUCAAAUAAACCGGUUCAAAAAACAGAUAUACGGGAGAGAGAAAGAACUUCUGAUCCAACUGGGUUCACUACUAGAUUAGAAUCUAGACCUGGUUUAAAUAGUGGUAAGAUUUCAGACUUUUUAUCUAAACAAGGUAAGAUUCUUAAACCAUUUACAAUUACAAAUAAACAAGAUUUGCAAAAAAAAGUAUUUGGAACUGGUCAAAUGUUACCAUCUAUGACUGUUGAAGAGUAUCUCGAUUAUGAAUUAGCUAAUGGGAAAAUGAUGAAGGAAGAACAACCACAAGCUGAAAAGUUUAGUGAAGAUGAAGACUCGGACGAUGAAUUGGAAAAACGGAGAUGGGAUGAUUGGAAAGAUGAGAAUCCCAAAGGAUCAGGAAACAUGGGUGCAAAUAUAGGUUAA